GCAGCGGUGCCGCCAUGGAGGCUGCGCCCCGGCCCGGGCCCGGCGGGGCCGCCGCUCCGCCGCAGCCGCCGGAGCAGGAGCGGAAGCUGGAGCAGGAGAAGCUCUCGGGGGUGGUGAAGAGCGUCCACCGGCGGCUGCGCAGGAAGUACCGGGAAGUGGGAGACUUUGAUAAGAUCUGGCGUGAGCACUGCGAGGAUGAAGAAACUCUGUGUGAAUAUGCUGUGGCAAUGAAAAACCUUGCAGAUAAUCACUGGGCAAAAACUUGUGAAGGGGAAGGCCGAAUUGAAUGGUGCUGCAGUGUAUGCCGUGAAUACUUUCAGAAUGGUGGAAAAAGAAAAGCACUUGAGAAAGAUGAAAAAAGAGCACUUCUUGCUUCUAAGACCACUCCAGCCUUAGAUGUUUCCCAGACUCCCAAGACUGAAGAACCCUUACCAACACUGGGCCUGACAAAUCAUGAAGCUGUAACAGAGGAAUUGCUCCACUCCUUGGGGAAGAUCAGAUUACUUGAUGUUGGUAGCUGUUUUAAUCCAUUUCUGAAGUUUGAAGAAUUUCUGACAGUUGGCAUAGAUAUUGUUCCAGCUGUUGAGACUGUAUACAAAUGUGACUUCUUAAAUCUUCAAAUUCAGCAACCUCUCCAACUGGCACAAGAUGCUAUAGAUGCCUUUCUUAAGCAACUGAAAAAUCCCAUUGAUUCUCUACCUGGAGAACUGUUCCAUGUCGUUGUUUUUUCACUCCUCCUUUCUUACUUCCCAUCACCCUAUCAACGAUGGAUAUGUUGCAAGAAGGCACAUGAACUUCUCGUAUUAAACGGCUUAUUGCUCGUAAUCACUCCUGACUCAUCCCAUCAGAAUCGCCGUGCAAUGAUGAUGAAAAGCUGGAAAAUUGCCAUAGAAUCCUUGGGUUUUAAACGCUUCAAGUAUUCCAAGUUUUCUCACAUGCAUCUGAUGGCAUUUAGGAAAACUUCCUUGCAAACAACAAGUGACUUAGUUAGCAGGAACUACCCAGGAAUGUUGUAUAUUCCACAGGAUUUCAACAGCAUAGAAGAUGAGGAGUAUUCCAACACUUCUGGCUAUGUUCGAUCAGAUACAGAAGAUGAACAGCUAGCUUACGGUUUUAUGGAGCUACCUGAUGCUCCAUAUGACUCGGACUCUGGAGAAAGCCAAUCUAGUUCAAUUCCUUUUUAUGAGCUAGAAGAUCCUAUAUUGCUUCUAAGUUAAUGUAGUAGUUGAAAUGCCCUUUAAGUCAAACCUCUUACUUAACUAAUUCUGCUAUACUAACACGGGCUCAACACGCAAAAAUGGUUUGCAUAAAGAAGAUGCAAAGGUUUACAGAGUUUGCUAUUUUUUUCUACUUUUGAAUUUUAAAAUUUAUUCUUCUAUGAAAGUGAAAAAUACAAGUUUUAUGCAAAUGACUCAUGUCAUAGCAUAAAUUGCUGUUACUUUCUUUACAAUUUGUAUCACUAUUUUUUUUCCAGAAAGGUACCAUUCUUUCCUUUAGUGCUGUGAAGUGUGAAUUCUAUUUAAUUUGCUAAGUGUUGUUUCAAUAUUUUAACCGUUAAUGUUGUUGAGCUUAAGGCACUGGAGUUGGUGGGCUUCUGAGAAGUUUAUGUAGGAAGAAAUAAUUUGCACUUUAAUUAAAUGUGCAGAUAGUUUAAGACACUUGGUUACACAUGUCUCUUAAUUAUGGAACAAAACUUUUUCCCGAUACUUGUUUUACUCUGGUUAAGUCUGGGCUGGAGAAACUGUAAUACUUGCACAUUUGAUUUUACUUUCACUGCAGGCCUCCUGAGUUAACAACAAAUUGGUAUAACACCAAAACAUUGGAGUAUAUUUAUCCAUAGUUACUCCCACUGUGUAACUUCAUUUACAUAAAUUGCAGGUAGACAGGAGAAUGGAGAAUGGUGAAGAGGUUAUGGAGUGUGGUACAUCUACCACAAUUAUGUCUCACUUCAAGGAUGAAAGGUGUUUUUGCAAUUUUGUGAGUGUACUAGCACUAACAUACAUCAGUAUUUCCCCAGUGAUGGUGUUCUGUAUUCUUUCCAGACUGUGGAUUUUGAGGGAGGUUGGGAGGGUUUUGUCAAGUUUUAAAGUAAACUAUGCAUUUUUAAAAAACAAAACUGUUUUCUUUAAUUCUCCUUUAUUGUAGACCUCCCAAAUUAUAACUACAGACCAACUUUGUAAAAGCAACCUAAUCUUGUAAGUUUUUCAAGGAUACAUGUUACCUGCUCAAGGAAGUAUAUUCUGACCACUUAUAUGAGUGAAGUGAACAUACACAAUUUUGCUUAUUUGGACCCCAUUUUCUGUCCGGUUAAAUAAAAAUUACCUGUCUGAAAAUGGCUGCAAUGUAACAAGCUGGAGCAGAAGUAUUUUACAUUUAUGAUUUUUUUUUUUUUUUUUUACUUGUGAGAUAAAUAUGGGGGGAUUGUGUGGGGGAGAGGGAAAUUCUGUUCAGAGGUAUAAAUAGAGGAUUCAGUAUUUAGCUUAGAUUGCUCUCCAUUUAGACAGAAUGGUGAGAGUUGUCAGGUUGAAUGUUUGGAUUUUAAAUCUGUAUGUAAAUGCCUAAUCAUACAUGGUUCAAAUGAGGUGCCACGUCAUGGAUUUCAGACCGACUUCGGGAACAUGAUAGAAAAUACUAAUAGUUUCACAGAUGGUUGUGAUGAAAUAUACCUUAAACCACAUUAACCUGCCAUCCAGAAGUUACCAUGUAAACUGCAGUUUUACUGUGGCUUUUACAGUGGCUACUAUAAAAAUGAAACUAAUGUCUUCCAUUGAAGUUUUGCACUGAAGUGUCACAGUUUGACCUGCCUGUUUUCUUACGUACCUUAUUUGCUAUAAAAAAUCCUCCUAUAUUGGUCGUAUUUACGCUAAAACAUGAACUGUACUGCAAUACUUUAUUUUUUACAUAAGCGCUUUGUGUCUCUAUGUGUAUCCCCUAACAUCUGAUUCAAAUUUGUUAUUGAAUGUGAAUGGUAUAGUUGUAUGCAAGAUA